UAGUGCACUGGGGCAAUGUUGUAGUUUGCAGGAGCCGCCUGGAGCAGGACGCGAAGUGAACUGCUCGCUUUGCUUCCUCCCUUGAAGCCUUGUUCUGGUUUUAUGUGGAAAAAAAACCUCAACAUGGCCCAGCGAAACUAAGCAGCUGCCCGGUGUUUGUCGGAGAUACGAGGCGCUCUCCGUGAUGCUUGAUUGCGCCGAGGAGUGAAGCACAUUCCUGAAGGAGUUGACGGCUGCUGUCUUUAAGUUUAUGAGAAACCAGCCUGCUCACACCGUGCCGGUCAAGAUGGACGCCAACUUUUCUUGCCCUCACUGGAACAACUUGGGACAAAGAUGUGUAUUGCCAUGGUGAUCAUUUUCAAGAAAACACUGGAAAAGAAGGGCGCCGAUGAUGUAACAUCCAAAAGUACAGAUUUGGGCCCGUUCCAGGCACAGACCAUGACCCAGGGGACUGCACUUUUCUCUUGUGGACUCAUGGAGACAAGCCGGUGGCGUGAGUUGGGCCACAGCUGUGCUAUACAGCAGAGGCCGGUUGGGACCAGCCUGGAGAGCCUGUGGGACGUCCUGCCUGAGGUGCACAAGACUUCUGCCCACUGGGACUGGGACGUUGGCUCCACUUCGACCACAAUCACUAGCUUGUUGCAUGACCUCAGCCUGACUGAGGCCGCGUCCUCGCACUCCACUGCACCCCCCAGCAAGCGCCAGUGCCGGUCCCUGUCUUGCUCAGAUGAGCUCGGCGGCUGCCGCUCCACCUGGCGCCCUCAGGGCUCUCGCGUGUGGACGACGGUGGAGAAGAGGCGGUGCCACAGCGGCGGCAGCGUCCACCGCGGCGGCGCGGUAAACACGCAGCUCGGCUUCCCAGCCAUGCAGCGCAGCUCCAGCUUCAGCCUGCCCGCCCGCUCCAACACCCUGGAGCUGCCCUGCUUCGCCCGGCGUCUCCCCUGCCCCUCCGCCUUCACCGGUCUGACGCCUGCCUCCUCCAUGACCCUGUCCUCCGAGCCCUCAGCGCAGCCCCUCUACCUCUCUCAUGAACAGAUAUGCGGACCCUCGCCGGCCAGCUCCCCCGACUCCACACCCGAGCUGGAGCGCCGCGGCGGACAGGGAGGUCUCGCCCGCAGUCGCUCGCAGCCGUGCGUCCUCAACGACAAGAAGAUCGGCGUGAAGCGCAGAAGACCAGCUGACGCACAGAAGCAGAGGCCGUCUUUGGACCUGGCCAAGAUGACACAGAAACUUCGGAACUUCCACAGCCUCAGCUGCCCUGGAAUCACCGGCGAAGACGGCUGCGAGUCAAGCCCGGCCCCCCCCACUCUCAGGAGCACCGCUCAGUGUUACGCCGGUGACUCGUCAGCAAGCGAACGCGGCCCAGAGGACGUUCAGCCUUGGACCAAAGAGGGAGAGAUCCCCCAGGAACCGUCAGACCCCACCAUCGAGGAGGCGGACUGGAUGCCGGGGACGACCAACGGGAAGGACAACGACCCUCUGUGGGCGGGGCUGUGUAGCAUGAGGAAGGACGUGUAUCAACUUGGAGGCGAGCUCGACAUUGAGCAAAUUGAGAGGAACUGAGCUGGACCGUCUCCCUCUCAGGGGACUGAAAGUUUAUCACCAGGUGGUACAGUAAACAGUACUGAUAGUCUUAAGGACAAAGCAGGUGGAAAGCUAAUGCAGUGAGCGUUCCAGCACUAGUUAUUUUUUUUUUUCCCUAAUGGAGAGAUUGAGCUUUGUGGGCCAUUUUUUGGAGGCUUUGCGUAGUCGGAAGCUACUCCCACACUGUGCGUUAUCUCAACUGUGUCUCAGGAGAACAAGGAAGUCGGGGAGGACUGAUAGAACUGAUGAAUAUAUAAAGCGAUAUAUUAAUGUUGGCUCAGAGACUGGGGUUUCACAUGUCUCUGUAACCCUGAUUACCUUCAUUGUACUGCGUUUGGAGAGAAUUCACAGCAGGUUUGUAUCAAUUCUCUGCACUAGAAAGAGUGUCCGUUCCUCUUCAAUAGUACAUGAGUACACGAUGAACAGAAAUGAAGACUACUUGGAGAGCUACCGUUAGUAAAGCCCCUUUCACUCUUAACUGAGCAACAAGCUGCACCCACACACACACACACAACCUGUAAAGUAUAUUAACAUUUCACACAGUAACAUCAGGCGUCUCUCUGAGAUCUCCCCUUUGUGUGAGAAAACCUUUGUGAUUCUAAUAGCGUUAAUAUUCUUUUUACGAUUUGUAACUACAAAGUUAUGUAAAACAUGAGCAUAUUUCUAUACAAAUAAAACAGUUUUAAAUGUGUCA